AUGUUGGUUUCGGUCAACACCCUAUCUUCCUUCCUAGCCCUUGCUGGUUUCACCUCGGCCGCCUUCUAUAAGCGUGAGACUACCUCAAUCAGCCUCUACGCCUAUGGAGGAACUCUUGGUGGUCUCAACGUCUUUUAUGCCGAUAGCCUAGCAUAUGUUGGAUUUGUAAGUCCAGUAGGCGCCAGCGUCACCAGCAACAUCACGGUCAACGAGGACGCCUCCGACGAUACUGUUGCCUGGACCAUCACCGCCAAUUCUACUGAUGCCUCCAGUAUUGACGGAAUGGAACUUUACAUAAUUCCCACCAAUGGCUCAUUCGCUCAAGUUGGCUUCGUUUCCUCCACCAACACCUCCUCCCUGCCAACAGGCGCCGUCACAACCGGCUUCUCCUGGUUCGGCAAGAACGCAGCUUACGAUGACCCUUCGGGAGCACUUAACCUCUUCUACUGGGCUGAGCCAGUCACUGAGACCGACGGUCUCUGGAGACUCAUGUGGAACCAAGCCGGAACCCCAACCAACGGCUCCGUCCCAAUUACUCUCAAGAACACUGCUCCUCUCCCAGCUACCCCUGAUGCUAACACGGUGGCUGAACUACUUUUGUGAAAAGGAGCGGAGCUAGUCUUUCGAUUGAUAUCUCCUCUAUUCCUCACCAUCUCGGCACGGCUAACAUGACCGGGAUGUGAGGAUACCGGGUUGAUCAACGUUGGUUGGCGCGUGGUUAUUCGUUUUAAAUGGAGUGGUGCGGGGCAUGGCUGGCGAAUUUGCUUUGGGGGUGGGAGGGUGG